AUGAGAGAACUGAUCGUUGCACUGUGCUUCGCAUGGUGCAGUGCUUACUACGCUGUGGGCAAACACGAAGCGGCUGUGGCAGGGGUUGCGGCAGCGCCGAUGCCGCUUCAGGGGGACGACGGGCCGCAAUGCACGGCGUCGACCAACGGCAAGUUCGCCAUGGGUCCCUGCGAACAGGCGUAUUACGAGUGCGUCAAAGGAACUCGUAUGGUGAAGACCUGCUCGGACAAUGAGGUGUUCGACAUCACUCUGCAGCAGUGCGUUUUGUACGCGGACGCAGUCGACUGUGUCAUUGCCGACACGAUGGAACAGGGAGAUAAC